AUGUCCAUUGACUUUCCCAAGGAGGAGGACAUCGUCCUGCAGCGCUGGAGGGAGAUCAAUGCCUUCCAAAGGCAGGUCGAACUCUCAAAGGGCCGGAAACCUUACACCUUCUACGAUGGCCCCCCCUUCGCUACUGGCCUCCCCCACUAUGGCCAUCUGUUGGCAUCCACCAUUAAAGAUAUUAUUCCCCGAUACUGGUCGAUGAAAGGCCACUAUGUCGAGCGGAGAUUCGGUUGGGAUACACACGGUGUGCCCAUUGAGUACGAAAUCGACAAGAAAUGGGGCAUGUCGGGUCUGGAGGCUGUUGAGAAGUUCGGAAUCGAAAAAUACAAUGAAGAGUGCAGGGCCAUUGUCAUGAGAUUUGCGUCUGAAUGGCGCCAAACUAUCGAAAGACUUGGUCGCUGGAUCGAUUUUGAUAACGACUACAAGACCAUGAACACCUCGUUUAUGGAGUCCGUAUGGUGGGUUUUCAAGCAGCUGUUCGACAAGGGACUCGUUUACAAGGGAUUCCGUGUUAUGCCAUACUCGACUGCGCUCAACACCCCGCUUAGCAACUUCGAGGCUCAGCAAAACUACAAGGACGUUCAAGACCCGGCCGUCGUUGUUACAUUCCCUCUUGUGGAUGACCCAGAGACCUGUCUUCUUGCGUGGACAACUACACCUUGGACGCUUCCUUCCAACACCGCCCUAGCAGUCAACCCAGAAUUCGAAUAUAUCAAGAUUUUCGAUGAAGCCUCUGGCAAGCAUUACGUCCUGCUCGAAUCUUUGCUUCGAACACUAUACAAGGACCCUAAGAAGGCCAAGUUCAAGAUCGUUGCGCGGUUCAAGGGAUCAGAGAUGAAGGACUGGAAGUAUCAGCCUCUCUUCGACUACUUCUACAAAACCUUCAAGGACCACGGAUACCGCGUCUUGAACGCCGCCUAUGUCACCGCCGAUGAUGGUACCGGUAUUGUCCACCAGGCUCCUUCAUAUGGUGAGGACGAUUACAAGGUUGGUAUGGAAGGAGGCGUGAUCGACGAGAACCGCCCUCCACCUAACCCCGUGGACGAAAUGGGCUGUUUCACGUCCGAAGUACCGGAAUUCGAGGGGCAACAUGUCAAGGCCGCCGACAAGGCUAUCAUCAAGCAUCUCAAGGCAAGCGGACGUCUUAUCGUCGAUAGUCAGAUUACUCACAGCUACCCCUUCUGUUGGCGAUCCGAUACCCCCCUGAUCUACCGGGCUGUUCCUUCGUGGUUUGUUAAGAUCCAGCCUAUCAUCCCACAAAUGCUCCAGGGCAUUGAAGAAUCACACUGGGUCCCCAGCGCUGUCAAAGACAAGAGAUUUGCUAGCUGGAUCCAGAACGCUCGUGACUGGAACAUCUCUCGUAACCGAUUCUGGGGUACCCCACUACCUAUCUGGGCAAACGAGGACUUCAGCGAGAUUGUCGCUGUUGGCAGCAUCGAAGAGCUCAAAAAGCUCAGUGGAUAUGAAGGGGAGAUUACUGACAUUCACCGUGACAAGGUGGACAAUAUCACCAUUCCAAGCAAGAAAGGAAAUGGUGUUCUUCGCCGCGUGAGUGAAGUGUUCGAUUGCUGGUUCGAAUCAGGUUCCAUGCCAUACGCUUCUCAACACUAUCCGUUUGAGAACAAGGACCAAUUCGAGAAGAGUUUCCCUGGAGAUUUCAUUGCGGAAGGUCUGGACCAGACCCGUGGAUGGUUCUACACUUUGACCGUCCUCGGUACACACCUCUUCGGCAAGCUUCCCUUCAAGAACUGUGUUGUCAACGGUAUUGUUCUUGCUGAAGAUGGAAAGAAGAUGUCGAAGCGGUUGAAGAACUACCCCGAUCCUUCUCUGAUCAUGGAGCGGUAUGGUUCGGACGCCCUCCGCCUUUAUCUCAUCAACUCUCCGGUUGUUCGCGCAGAGCCACUCCGGUUCAAGGAAUCCGGCGUGAAAGAAAUUGUCGCCAAGGUUCUCCUUCCUCUGUGGAACAGUUACAAGUUCUUCGAAGGCCAGGCGGCUCUUCUGAAGAAGACAGAAGGAAUCGACUUCGUGUGGGAUCCCAAGGUCGAGGCUACCAACACCAACGUAAUGGACCGCUGGAUCUUGGCCAGUUGCCAAAGUCUUCUCAAGUUCGUCAAUGAGGAGAUGGCCGGAUACCGCCUGUACACAGUCGUUCCUCGUCUUCUAGGGCUCAUUGAAAACACCACGAACUGGUACAUUAGAUUCAACCGCAAGCGUCUGAAGGGUGAGAACGGUGUUGACGACACCUUGCAUGCCUUGAACACUCUCUUCGAGGUUCUCUACACUCUAGUCCGCGGACUUGCCCCAUUCACACCUUUCCUCACCGAUAACAUCUAUGGACGACUUCUUCCCCACAUCCCCGAGUCUCUGCAUAGCGAGGACAGCCGGAGUGUCCACUUCCUUCCAUUCCCUGAGGUUCGUGAAGAGCUGUUUGACGAGGUUGUGGAGAGAAGAGUGGCUCGGAUGCAGAAGGUCAUUGAAAUGGCCCGUAUCUCCCGUGAACGACGGUCUCUUGGCUUGAAGACCCCCUUGAAGACCCUAGUCGUGAUCCACCAGGACCAGCAAUACCUAGACGACGUGAAGUCCCUAGAGGGAUACAUCCUUGAAGAGAUCAACGUUCAGGAGCUUGUCCUGUCCCCUGAUGAGGAAAAGUACAAUGUCCAGUACAGUGUGACUGCCGAUUGGCCAGUUCUCGGCAAGAAGUUGAAGAAGGAUGUACAGAAGGUUAAGAAGGCUUUGCCAUCAUUGAGCAGCGACGAUGUCAAGAAGUUUGUUGCGGACAAGAAAAUCCUUGUUGACGGUAUUGAGCUUGUGGAAGGAGACCUUGUGGUGAAGCGAGGCCUUAAGCAGGACUCCUCGGCGGAAGACAAAGAGCCUAACGCCGAUGACGAUGUGUUGACUAUUCUCGAUGCCAAGCUAUAUCCCGAAUUGGCACACCAGGGACUUGGUCGAGAAAUUGUUAACCGCCUCCAGCGCUUGCGUAAGAAGGCUGGGUUGGUCCCUACUGAUGAUGUCAAGAUGGAAUAUCAUGUUCUCACGGACCCGGAUAGUGUUGGCAUCAAGGAGGCUUUUGAGACACAGGCGCCAGUCAUUGAGAAGGUUGUGCGUCGGCCGCUUGAGCAAUAUCAAGCCGCUGAUGGCAAGGCCCCUAACGGAGACGAAGCGGGCACGAUCAUGCAAGAGGAACAGGAAGUGCAAAAUGCUACUUUCUUGUUGCGGCUUCUAAAGUUGUAG